ACGCACAGUGAACGUGAGCAAUCUAGUUUACUUUUGAUUAAUUUUCCCAUUCAUUUUUGCUGUUCCUAGACGUUGUAUGCUUCGCCGCAACUAAGUCUAAUCUUACCGUUUUAACAAAAGAAAGGACAUUGACACUUCCCUUAGAAAAGCCAAGUAACUUAUUGGUUUCUUUGAAUAGACUUUUAUCGGCGUAUAAAAAAAUCUUUUGUCGUUUCUGCUUCACAUACGCAGUUCCUUAAUCGCAUUCUUUGCAUUAGAAAUAAUCCAAAAACGGUUUCUGUUUCUCUUUGUUUGUAAUCAUGUCCACUGUUCAGAGAACGUUACGAUUAGUUACUGAUCAGCAUAUUUUACCUGGAGGAGAAGCUGCUGUCCUCAAUGAUCAAAGCUAUGCUAUGCGAGAAUGGGCUAUUAAGCUUGUUUGCCUAGACGCUCAACAAGAAGAGGUCGACGCAAGUUUUAUUGACCGUAUGAUAAUCAUGAAUUGGUUACUGACGUUUGCUCUAGCUGUUCGUAAACCUCCUUAUAUGAUUCGGGAACAAGGUUGGGGUGAAUUUGAAAUGGAAAUCAUAAUUUAUUAUGCGGACAAAGGCGGUGAAUAUCGCUUUUCUCACUACCUGCAUUUCCAGCAAGAGCAUUAUCACGAAGACAUUGAUUUGACAAUAACUGCGGGUCGGCCUGGGUUGCUUAAAGCUUUAUCCCUAACAGGCCCUGUUCCUGGUUAUUCACCCGAGGCCGAAGAAAUAAGAAAGGAUAAGCGAAAGCCUGAAAUUGAUGCUGGUGCUGCAAAGAAAAAAACAAAAGCAAAACCUGUGGAUAUGGAAAAGUUGGCCGAUGGUCUUCAAAAAUUACAAGAAGAUGACCUUUUGCAAGUUGUACAGAUGGUAAAUGAAAACAAAACUCCAGACAUGUACGUUCGUAACGAUAUUGAAGGAGGCGAAUUUCAUAUUGAUCUUUAUACGCUUCCCGAUAAUUUGCUUCUUUUAUUAUACAGCUUCUGUGCCAAACGCGUUACUAUGUAA